AUGCAAAUUUGUAAACUAUUAUUAAUUUUCUACUUUAUAUUUAUUAAAUCAACAGUUGAAGUUAAGUUUACUAGGAUUCCAAGCUAUUCGCUCUCGGUCUCAAGUUUUUACAUAGGCCAAAAUACAACUUGGUUACUUAACAAUAAAAUCGAACCUUCCGUGACCAAUAUAAUAAAAGAGGAGUUAUUAUCGCAAGUAAAGAAUUUUAAGCCUGAAAAGUCCGUUUUAUCUGGAGCUUCAGACAAGAUUGAUAAAAUCGCACUUGAUAUAUCUGAGAAAAUAGCUAAAAAGAAGAAAAAAUUCAGGUUAAAGAAUUUAUUUCUUUUAGAAGAUCUUAAGGAUUCUUCAUUAUUAACUGAGAUUUUUUCAUAUUUCAGAGAAAACCCAGUGGUUUACUCCAUUUGGAAUUGCAAUAAAAGCAUUUUAUCAAGAGAAGAAGAGUUUGUGUUGGAAAUACAAUAUAAAUUUCCAAUAAAAUUAAAAGGUGUGCCAAAAUUUUAUUUUUCACCAGUUGUAACAUACAAAAUAACUCUUAAGCCAGACAAAUACGGAUUGACGAAGUUCUCAAAAGGGCUUAUACAGCUUCACACUCACCCUUUAAUGCCCUGGAAAAUGCAUAACAUCGGUUCAUUUGUGCUUCAUCCACCCCUCUUUAAUUUUAAAAAUAAUUUAUGA